UAUAAAUUAUCACCAUUCGUCCCCAAAUUCAAGGGCGAAGAAAUCGCGAGGAAUGGCACCGAUCGCAGUCGGCGACUCUAUCCCCGAGGGAACCCUGGCCUGGUUCGACGAGAACGAUCAGCUGCAGCAGCUCUCCAUCCACGCCCUUGCCAAGGGCAAAAAGGUCAUUCUCUUCGGCGUCCCCGGCGCCUUCACCCCUACCUGCAGUAUGCAGCAUGUGCCGAGUUUCAUCUCUAAAGCAGAGGAGCUUAAAUCCAAGGGCAUUGAUGAGAUCCUCCUAGUUAGCGUUAAUGACCCCUUCGUGAUGAAGGCAUGGGCAAAAACCUACCCUGACAACAAGCAUGUCAAAUUCCUAGCUGAUGGAUCUGGAACCUACACUCACGCUCUUGGCCUCGAGCUCGAUCUCUCUGAGAAAGGCCUUGGGACUCGCUCCCGUAGGUUUGCUCUCCUUGCUGAUGAUCUGAAGGUCAAGGUUGCAAACAUUGAGGAGGGUGGAGCUUUCACCAUCUCAGGUGCUGAUGAGAUCCUUAAAGCUCUCUAAAGGAAAUCACCGUUAUCGGUAUUUUCUGUUGUUGCUUUUCAUGUUCAGCUGUAAUGCUGUUGUUGAAACUGUGCACCAUAAGUUAUGUUUUCAGACAUGUUAUUCUCGUGGAGUCUAGUGAGGUUUUCCUCACUUGUGAAAAGUAUGUUUGGAUUCUGAUUAAGGGUGUUUAAAUGGGAUAAUCUCUCGUCCUACUGUUGUUUCUCA